GCCCGCCUAGCGUUCCCGAGGGUGGUUAUUUCGGAGACGGACUGACUACGGGAGCCCAACCGGCUCUUGCGGAAGUCCAUGCGCCAUUGGGAGGGACUCGGCGGCUGCUCUAUGCCCUUGUUGCUGAGGGCCUCUUCCUGGGUCAUUGCUGGAGCAGGAGUCGGACUGGGGCCCGACACGGGGCUCCCCCGUGGCCGUCUUGGCGCCUGUGUGUGAUUUGCGUUGGCGGGAUGUGGCGAGCACGUCGGGCAGCCGUGGCCUGUGAAGUCUGCCAAUCCUUAGUGAAGCACAGCUUUGGAAUACAAAGAAAAGUACCGCUCCAAAAGCUACAUCUGGUUUCACGAAGUAUUUAUCGUUCACAUUAUCCUGCCCUUAAGCUUCAAAGGCCCCAACUAAGGACAUCAUUUCAGCAGUUCUCUUCUCUAACUAACCUUUCUUUACAUAAAUUGAAACUUUCUCCAAUUAAAUAUGGCUACCAGCCCUGCAGGAACUUUUGGCCGGCAAGGUUAGCUGCAAGGCUCUUAAAACUUCGAUAUAUUGUACUGGGAUCUGCUGUUGGAGGUGGCUAUACAGCCAAAAAAACCUUCGAUGAAUGGAAAGAUAUGAUACCAGACCUUAGUGACUAUAAGUGGAUUGUGCCUGACUUUAUAUGGGAAAUUGAUGAGUAUAUUGAUUUGGAGAAAAUUAGAAAAGCUCUUCCCAGUUCAGAAGACCUUGCCAGUUUAGCUCCCGACCUGGACAAGAUUACUGAAAGCCUCAGCUUGUUGAAGGACUUUUUCACUGCAGGUCCCAAAUUGGUUAGUGAAGUCAUAGAAGUUUCUGAGGCGCUUCUCUUGUUAGGUUCACCUGGAGAAACAGCAUUUCGAGCAACAGAUCAUGGAUCGGAAAGUGACAAGCAUUACAGGAAGGGUCUGCUUGGUGAGCUCAUUCUCUUACAACAGCAAAUUCAAGAGCAUGAAGAGGAAGCACGCAGAGCCGCUGGCCAGUAUAGCACGAGCUAUGCCCAACAGAAGCGCAAGGUGUCAGACAAAGAAAAGAUUGACCAACUUCAAGAAGAGCUUCUGCAUACUCAGUUAAAGUAUCAGAGAAUCUUGGAGCGUUUGGAAAAGGAGAACAAAGAGCUGAGGAAAUUGGUACUACAGAAGGAUGACAAAGGCAUCCACCAUAGGAAACUCAAGAAAUCUUUAAUUGAUAUGUAUUCUGAAGUUCUUGAUGUUCUUUCUGAUUAUGAUGCCAGUUACAAUACACAAGAUCACCUGCCACGGGUUGUUGUGGUUGGAGAUCAGAGUGCUGGAAAAACAAGUGUGCUAGAAAUGAUUGCUCAAGCACGGAUAUUCCCACGAGGAUCUGGUGAGAUGAUGACACGCUCUCCAGUGAAGGUGACUCUCAGUGAAGGCCCUCACCAUGUGGCCUUGUUUAAAGAUAGCUCUCGGGAAUUUGAUCUCACCAAGGAGGAAGAUCUUGCAGCAUUAAGACAUGAAAUUGAACUCCGGAUGAGGAAAAAUGUGAAAGAAGGUUGUACUGUUAGCCCUGAGACCAUAUCUUUAAAUGUCAAAGGCCCUGGGCUUCAGAGGAUGGUGCUCGUGGACUUACCUGGCGUCAUCAACACCGUGACAUCAGGCAUGGCUCCUGACACCAAGGAAACUAUUUUCAGUAUCAGCAAAGCUUACAUGCAGAAUCCUAAUGCCAUCAUCCUGUGCAUCCAAGAUGGAUCUGUAGAUGCUGAGCGCAGUAUUGUUACAGACUUGGUCAGUCAGAUGGAUCCUCAUGGAAGAAGAACCAUAUUUGUUUUGACCAAAGUGGACCUGGCAGAAAAAAAUGUAGCCAGUCCAAGCAGGAUACAACAGAUAAUUGAAGGCAAGCUCUUCCCAAUGAAAGCUCUGGGUUAUUUUGCUGUCGUAACAGGAAAAGGAAACAGCUCUGAAAGCAUUGAAGCUAUAAGAGAAUACGAAGAGGAAUUUUUUCAGAAUUCAAAACUGCUAAAGACAAGCAUGCUAAAGGCACACCAGGUCACCACGAGAAAUCUAAGCCUUGCUGUGUCAGACUGCUUUUGGAAAAUGGUUCGAGAGUCAGUUGAACAACAAGCUGACAGUUUUAAAGCAACACGCUUUAACCUGGAGACGGAGUGGAAGAAUAACUACCCUCGCCUGCGAGAGCUCGACAGGAAUGAACUAUUUGAAAAAGCUAAAAAUGAGAUCCUCGAUGAAGUCAUCAGUCUGAGCCAGGUUACUCCAAAGCACUGGGAGGAAAUCCUUCAGCAGUCCCUGUGGGAACGAGUGUCAACACAUGUGAUUGAGAACAUCUACCUUCCAGCUGCCCAGACCAUGAAUUCGGGAACAUUUAACACCACAGUGGACAUCAAGCUUAAACAGUGGACUGACAAGCAGCUUCCUAAUAAAGCAGUCGAGGUUGCUUGGGAGACCCUACAGGAAGAAUUUUCCCGCUUCAUGACAGAACCCAAAGGAAAGGAACAUGAUGACAUAUUCGACAAACUUAAGGAGGCUGUGAAGGAGGAAAGCAUCAAGCGGCACAAGUGGAACGACUUUGCAGAGGAUAGCUUGAGGGUCAUUCAGCACAAUGCUCUGGAAGACCGGUCCAUAUCAGAUAAGCAACAGUGGGAUGCCGCCAUUUACUUCAUGGAAGAGGCUCUUCAAGGUCGUCUCAAGGAUACUGAAAAUGCUAUUGAAAACAUGAUCGGGCCAGACUGGAAAAAGAGGUGGAUGUACUGGAAGAAUCGGACCCAGGAGCAGUGUGUUCACAAUGAAACCAAGAAUGAAUUGGAAAAGAUGCUGAAGGUUAAUGAUGAGCACCCAGCUUAUCUUGCAAGUGAUGAGAUUACUACAGUCCGGAAGAACCUGGAAUCUCGAGGAGUCGAAGUCGAUCCAAGCUUGAUUAAGGAUACUUGGCAUCAAGUUUAUAGAAGACAUUUCUUAAAAACAGCUCUAAAUCAUUGUAACCUUUGUCGCAGAGGUUUUUAUUACUACCAGAGGCAUUUUAUAGAUUCUGAGCUGGAAUGCAAUGACGUGGUACUGUUUUGGCGAAUACAGCGCAUGCUCGCUAUCACUGCCAAUACAUUAAGGCAGCAACUUACAAACACUGAAGUUAGGCGGCUAGAGAAAAAUGUUAAAGAGGUAUUGGAAGAUUUUGCUGAAGACGGUGAGAAGAAGGUUAAAUUGCUCACCGGCAAACGAGUCCAGCUGGCAGAAGAUCUCAAGAAAGUUAGAGAAAUUCAAGAAAAACUUGAUGCUUUCAUUGAAGCUCUUCACCAGGAGAAGUAGAUUGUGUCAAGAUCCUGCUCCUCUGUAAUCAAUCACCUCUGCAUUCAUUUGAAGAAUGAAAACUGCAGUCUUUUGUCCUGCCUCCUUUUCUCCUGUUCUACCCUUUUCAGUGCAAAAUAAAGUCACAGGGUAAAAGUAAUGUACGUGUGUUACAGGCACCUAACCUGCAGCUGCCUUUUGAGCAGAAGAACACUAGAAAUGGCAUCCACAGUCCGUGUGCUUGUGCUGACAGCAAACAUUGGGAAAACAUAAUUGGUGUGGCCAUAAGGCUUAGUCCUCAAAGAUAAGGAAGUUGCUCUCUUGAGUCUUACUUGUGGUGGCACUGAUGUGAUUCAUUAUGGGUGUUAUCAGACAUACAGUGGUAGCUGCUUUGGAAUUAAACUUACGGUAAUUUUUUUAAAGGCAUCAAUUGUAUAUGACCAGACGACAGUUACUGCUAAGCCGUCAUGUCUACAGUGUUCUGUAUCCAGGAACACUUUGAUUGUACUAAUUCAGUUUAUGUUCCAUGUGAAAGAAAGCUGGUUUAUAAGAUAAUGCUUCAGCUGGGUUAAUUUGUGUUGGACAGUUCAGUGUAUAUUCGGUGAAAGAAACAUCCACCCUCUAUUGCCAGCUUAGAAACUCGCCUUAGAAGCCAACCAAAGCAGCAUACAGUCCAUUGCUGCUUUUGCGUUCUGUAUCUGUUUGCAAUUCAUUCAUUUUGAAUAUUGUGUGCUCUUGGUCAGGCUUUCUGGAACAGUAGGUCUCUCCUGUUGACACAGCCAUUGAAUUAUGCCCAAACUAGAAAAGACUAAAGAUCACUAGUUAACAAAUUUUAUUUAGAGUGCUAUCAGAUAUCUGAACUAGUCAUCAGAGAAAGGCUACACAAUAACCCUCAAACACUAUUUUAAAUAAAAAUUAUUCUAACAAGGGAAAAAUGUUGACCUAUCCACUCUUAAACCUGAAAAUUCUGUUUAAUUCACUGCAGUUAUAGUAAUAACCUUCAUAAUAUUUUCAUGUGCUUUACAUAAAAUUAUAUUGGUUUAAAAAACCUUAAAGCAAACAAAUUCUCCAUAUUUACUUUAAAUGUCUUUUCCAUCUGCUGCCUUUUUUAUUAAGGCUUUAUUGUUAUGGUAAAAAUGCCCAGGGUUGCUCUUCUUAUUUACAGUUAAUUUUUUAACCAGUUUACUUGGAAUUGUUUUUGUUUAUGAGUCCCUCAAAUCUGACAGUAUGGAAGGGACAGUGUUUCAGAAACCAUGAAUUCAAUAAGUACUCUCUUAAAUUAAUAAGAAACUUAGGUACAAUUCUCAGAGCUACGAACGCGUCCAUCAUUCCCUAGGAUACGUACUCAAGUCGUAGCUGUGGGGCAUUGGUGAACAGCUCUGGAGAGCCCUGCGCUGAUUCACACAACCAUUAGGACAGGCUUGCCCUAAGCCAGUGCUUCUCAAUCUGUGGGCCAAGAGCACUUUGCAGGUUGCAUAUCAGAUAUUUACAUUAUGAUUCAUAACAGGAGCAGAUAUGAAGUAGCAACAAAAUAAUGUCAUGGAUGGGGGUCCCAGCAUUGGGAAGAUUGAGAACUACUGUCCUAAGCCCUGCUAGCCUGACUGGGAUGGGGUAUUGAGGCCAGCAGGAGAAAUCUGCAGCUCUCUCCCAAGCAGAAGUCUUAUGUUGGGCUCAUAUCUCUUUAUACUUUUUUUUAAAGUGGAAGAGAACUUUUAUUUCUUUGAGGGGAUCAAAAUUUGUAACUUCAACUUAAAGUACAUUACCAGAAACCCCUGUCAUUCUUUACCCCAGUGGGUUAUUUGUAACCUGGUUUCAUGCUAACUGUGCCCCACCCCCAACCCCUGAAAGCUAGAUGCUUAUGAAAUGCAGAAACUAUGGGAAGAAUAAGUUGAGUCCCAGGAGUAGACCCUGUGUAUCAUGAUGUAGUUAAGGUGCUCAAUAUAUACAAGCUAAACUCUGACUGGGCAAGAAACCAUUUGCAAAGAAUGGAGUGGAUGAAAAAAAAAUUUUUUUUGAGACAAAAUUUUAUUUAGAGAACUAAGGGAUUUUAACCAGAUCAUAAGCAUAAUGACUUUGUCAGAAUGUGAGUUAUAAACCCCAAGUCUGUGUGCAGCAUGAACCACAGGAAGUAAGCUUGCUGCUUCAGCCACACUUAGUUACAGGUGCGGCAAUCUGGGCCUUUCUCUUAGUCUCUCCUCCUCGUCGGCCCCGUUUUCCAGACGGUAGUCAGUGGAUUCCCACAGAUUAUUCAGUGACCAAGUGGAAAGGGACGGUGUGGAAGCCAGUGAGACUUCUUAACUGUACAAGUGUUAAUUGUCACAUGUGAAGCAGGACAAUCACAAGUUAAAGUAAAGGCCAAGCUACACAGGGACACCCUGUCUCAAAAACAAAAAUAAUAAAAUUAAAGAGUGUAGGCUCAGAAGGCAAAUUUCUUAUCUAGUUAAUUUUGUAUUUAUUUAUUUCAGAUGUAUUUAUCUGAUAAAAGAAACAUUUUUUUUCUUUCCAAUAAAUGAGAUCACAGUACUGGGUGUGUCUCCAUCCUCUAAACUGGUGUAUGGUUGAUUAUCUUACACUGUAGCAAUAGAAGUGUGCUUGAAAAUAUGCUUACCUUCCAAACGAUCAUGGCUAUUUGAUAUCUAAAUAUUUAAAACUUAACUGUGUCUUCACUGUGCACUGUGAAUGGACUUUGUAUUAUUUUUAAACCUUACACUCGAUGUAAAUGUUACUACAACUUAUAUUUGCCUGUGCUUGAUCUAAGGUCAUUUGUGUAGAUGGGUAAUUAAAGGAUAAUGAAGUGAUAUUAUAACUCUA